CCUGCCUGCAAUGGAAUGGGUGGCCUGGGUCUGUGGAGGGUGAGGCGGAGAGUUCCUGGGCCAGGGUUCUUGCACAAGCAGGUGCUGAGUGAGUGUGCACGGUCAUUUCAUAGAGUCCUGCUUUCUGGCGUCGGGGUGGCCCCACGCCCCCACUCCCACAGGGUCCUGGCAGGGGAGACUACAUUCCAGCAGGAGCGGCUGCAGGCCAUUGCAGAGAAACGGAAGAAGCAGGCAGAGAUUGAGAACAAGCGGCGGCAGCUGGAGGACGACCGGCGGCAGCUGCAGCAUCUGAAGUCCAAGGCGUUGCGGGAACGAUGGCUGCUGGAGGGGACUCCGUCCUCAGCCUCAGAGGGCGACAAAGACAUGAGGAGGCAGAUGCAGGAGGAUGAGCAGAAGGCCCGGCACCUGGAGGAAUCCAUCUCCAGGCUGGAGCAGGAGAUCGAGGUGCUGGAGAACGCGGACGCACGGCCAGCCGUCGCCAAGGAGAAUGUGGCCGCCCCCAGCCCGGCCAAACAGACCCAGAAGGCAGAAGUGGUACUGAAUUCUCAGCAGACCCCAGUGGGCACACCCAAAGCAGCGAAGCCAGCCUCCAACACCCCCGUGAGGACGGUGGAAGGCUCCCCCAUGAUGAAGGCAGCCAUGUACUCGGUUGAGAUCACGGUGGAGAAGGACAAGGUGACCGGGGAGACCCGGGUGCUGUCCAGCACCACCUUGCUCCCUCGGGAGCCGCUCCUUCAGGGCGUCAAGGUCUACGAGGACGAGACCAAAGUGGUCCAUGCCGUGGACGGCACCGCAGUGAACGGGAUCCAGCCACUGAGCUCCUCCGAGGUGGACGAUCUCAUCCACAAGGCAGAUGAAGUCACGCUGAGUGAGGCAGGGCCCGUGGCUGGGGCAGCAGAGACCGGGGGGACGUCGGAAGAGGCCGUCCGGACCACCACACCCUCCAGGCGGGAGAUCACCGGAGUCCAGGCGCAGCCUGGCGAGGCCACUUCCGGCCCACCGGGCAUCCAGCCUGGCCAGGAGCCCCCGGUCACCAUGAUCUUCAUGGGGUACCAGAAUGUGGAGGAUGAGGCAGAAAGCCAGAAAGUGCUGGGGCUGCAGGACACCAUCACGGCGGAGCUGGUGGUCAUCGGGGAUGAGGCCGAGCCCAAGGAGGCCGCCCCACCCAACGGCAGUGCGGCCGAGCCCCCGACCACCUCAGGCUCCAGGGAGGAGAACCAGGUGGGGCCCGAGGCCCCUGCCAGCGACACCCAGGACCUUGACAUGAAGAAGCAGCGUUGUAAAUGCUGCUCCAUCAUGUGAGCCGCAGGCCCCAGACCCCGGCCCCACCCUCCACACCACAGAGACCCACAGCCCGGCCCCAGGGCCUGCCCACCCUCCACCCACAGUCAUGGACCCCAGGACAUGCUAUGUUGUCACAUCUUCCUUCUGAGAACAGGAAAGAGAGGGUCAGGGGUCCCGUGCCCAUUCCCACCCCGACACACCCUAAACCACUGAGCUGUGUGCCUGGUAGGACAGAGACACGGACAGACCCACUUCUCCCAAGACGAGGAUCCCCCACGUGUCACGGCAGCUCCACAGACGGGCUUUUGCCCACAGAGUUCCUGGCUGGUGGAACCCAGGCCUCUGUGCCGCCCCAGGCAAGCCCGCUACCCUCCGGGCCUCCUGCCCGUGCCUUUCUGCCGCCUCCGGUGAGGUCUCCGAGGGGACAUCGCAGAGAGGGACUGGAGAGCCAGGGGUCCUGGGCGCCUUUUCUGUCCCCACUCAGCCC